AAGGGGGCGCUGUUUGCGGCGUCGCUGCGGCCCUGGCUGCCCGGCGACGAUCUCCCGGCGGGCUGUGCGGCCCGGCUCGGGCGGCUGCGAGUGCCACGUCCCAAGUGCUACGCGGAGUCGCGGAGCGGGCGGUGCGCGAGGCGGAGCAGCGCUGAGCCGGCCGGGCCGUACGGAUCGCCCGCCGCCAUGGGCUCCUCGCAGAGCGUCGAGAUCCCGGGCGGCGGCACGGAGGGCUACCACGUCUUACGGGUACAGGAAAACUCCCCAGGACACAGAGCUGGACUGGAGCCUUUCUUUGAUUUUAUUGUUUCUAUUAACGGUUCGAGAUUAAAUAAAGACAAUGACACUCUUAAGGAUCUACUAAAAGCCAACGUUGAAAAGCCUGUAAAAAUGCUCAUCUAUAGCAGCAAAACCCUAGAGCUCCGGGAGACCUCAGUCACACCCAGCAACCUGUGGGGCGGCCAGGGUUUGUUGGGAGUGAGCAUCCGUUUCUGUAGCUUCGAUGGUGCCAACGAAAACGUUUGGCAUGUGCUGGAAGUGGAGUCAAAUUCCCCAGCAGCACUGGCAGGACUGAGGCCUCACAGUGACUACAUCAUCGGAGCCGACACCGUCAUGAAUGAGUCUGAAGACCUGUUCAGCCUCAUUGAGACGCAUGAAGCAAAGCCCCUGAAACUCUACGUGUACAACACAGACACUGACAACUGCCGAGAAGUGAUCAUUACACCAAACUCUGCGUGGGGCGGAGAAGGCAGCCUUGGAUGUGGCAUUGGCUAUGGCUACUUGCACCGAAUACCUACACGCCCCUUUGAAGAAGGAAAGAAGAUUUCCCUUCCAGGACAGAUGACUGGUACACCCGUUACUCCACUUAAGGAUGGGUUUACGGAGGUCCAGCUGUCCUCAGUUAGUCCCCCGUCGCUGUCAGCACCGGGAACUGCAGGAAUUGAGCAGAGUCUGUCUGGACUUUGCGUUAGCUCAGCCCCACCAGCCGGCAGCAGUGUUCUCAGUACAGGUGUACCAACUGUACCAUUGUUGCCUCCGCCGGUUAACCAGUCCCUUGCUUCCGUGCCACCAAUGAACCCAGCUACCACGUUACCAAGUCUGAUGCCUUUGCCAGCAGGGCUGCCUAGCCUCCCCAACCUCCCCAGCCUCUCCAACUUCAGCCUCCCUGCUCCACACAUCAUGCCAGGGGUCAGCUUGCCGGAGCUCGGGAACCCGGGUCUGCCGUCUCUCCCCUCCUUGCCUCCCCGAAACUUACCUGGCAUUGCACCUCUCCCCAUGCCGUCCGAGUUUCUCCCGCCAUUCCCUUUGGUUCCAGAGGGUUCUUCUGCAGCCAGCGCAGGAGAGCCGCUGUCUUCCCUCCCUGCCACGGGCCCACCUUCUGACCCUGUCAUGACUACUGCAAAGGCAGACGCCUCCUCACUCACUGUGGAUGUGAUGUCCCCUGCUUCCAAGGUCCCCACCACUGUUGAGGACAUAGUCAGCGACUCCACCCCAGCCACCGAGAAGCCCGUUUCUGCAGCUAUGGAUGCAAAUGCUUCCGAGUCUUCUUAACUUGGAACCAAUCUUCAGAACCGACGUGGUCUAUUUAUUUAACCACGGGAUCAUGUCUGGAAUCGCAAACUACCAUUGAUUUCAUAACUAGUUUGUACCAUAUCUGUAGGCGUCCUGUACAUAAUUCUAAGGGGAAACUACGCAAGAGGCCGAGGCCUUGUCUCUCACCAAGUUGGGGACUCACAGCCAGGGAGGGGAUGUGAGAAUGUGCUUGUAUUCUAACAGCCAAAAAGUUGUUAUGGGUGGCUUGCUGCCAGGCAUCUACUGCCAUUCUUGGAUGUACAUCUUUGGGCAAGAGAUGGCAGGGUGUCCACCAGGUUCCCUGUCCCACUGCUACGCCUUGUGUAAGGAAAUGAAAUCUCUUAUGCCUAGUGCCCACAUACAACAGUUCUUGUACUUUGUAAGUCAUUUGCAAGAACAGACCACCCCACUAAGCUGCAAAAGGAAACAAGAAUUUACCGUUGGUCUCUGUGAGUCGCUUCUCUAGUAAGGUUUGCACAGAGCUCUCAGCUGAGGAUGUUUUGUUCCGGUUGCACAGCACACUGUUAACUGAACAUCUUUUUAUUCUGCCUGUACACAGAUCUUGUUUUGAACUCAGAAUUACUCAGACACCAUUUUGUAGCUGCUGCUGUUGCUUUAGAUGCCUGCAGUAAGAUGGCAUUUGAGAAGGAUAAAGGAAGCUGCACUGGGCAGCCACCCUGGGGGAGCAGACAGCAAUAAAUUUCAGUCCCUUCACCUUC